UAAAAGUAGGGUUAUAUUUAAUGAAGUGCAUUUAAAUUCAAAUAAAUAUUGGUAUUAAAUAUUUAAUAAUGUUUGGAAAAGAAGCCUUCCAACUUAUCGUCGAACUUGAUUUAACUGAUGAUAUUAAACCGUUCAAUGAAACUGUGAUUCGACAAGUAUUAGAAGAAAUGCAGUAUCUUUAUGAAGCAAAUUUACUUGAUAGUAACGCAAUAAAAAAUGAUGGCAAUACGGCGUUACUUCCAUCGGUAAAAUUUAGACACAUAGUUUUAACUAGAAACAAAAGGUGCAUCUUAGCAUAUUUGUAUAACAGAAUGAGAAGAUUGCGUCAAAUGCGUUGGGAUUUGGGUAGUAUUUUACCGGCAGAAAUAAAUUCGAAUUUACUGAAUGCUGAAAUUCAAUGGUUCCGUUCUUACAAUAAAUCGUUAGCUACUUACAUGAGAUCUAUAGGAGACAAUUGCGGACUUAAUUUAACUGUUAAUAUGUUACCACCCAAGUCGCUUUAUAUUGAAGUUAAAUGUUUAACGGAUUAUGGGAAAUUGGAGAUCGAAAAUGGACAAGUAGUUACUUUGAAGAAAAAUACAUAUCACUUAUUACCCAGAGUAAUCUGCGAACCACUUAUCAGACAGGGUAUACUAGAACAUUUGAUAUAAUGAAUUAUCUAAUUAAAUACUAUGAAAGAAGAAGAAGAAGAAGAAGAAGAAAAAGAAGAAAUAGAAGAAAUAGAAGAAGGAAAAAACACUAAUAACAAAAAUACGACCCGUAAGGUAUACUGGAACAUUUCACAUAAUAAAUUAAUUGCUUAAUUUAAUAUUGUACAAAAAAUAAGAAGACAAGAAAACAAAUGAUGAAGU